GAGACAGGGGCGAAACGGAGAACUUCGCGGAGCAAGGCUGCGAGAGAAAGAGUGUGUGUGAGAGAGGCAGAGAUAGAAAGAGAGAGAGAGUGUGUAUGUGUGUGUGUGUGUAUAUAUGAACCAAGCCAAACAAGAAGCGCAGGCAUAGGAGAGAUAAGGGGGUUUGCAGCGAGGGGGGAAGUGUGUGAGACGUGGUCACACUCUCACACACACAGACACACACACUUAACACACACACACACUGAACACCCAGACUGAGGCGUAGCCGAGGUGGUAUGAAAAUGCCCACCAGCUUCACAGUAGUCCCGGUGGAGGAUGGAGCCAAGUCGUCGCGUGACGACGCCGACGACAACAACGUCCUGCGCGAGGAGGACGAGGACGGCCCAGGUGAUGGCAACCCAAAGGAGAGCAGCCCGUUCAUCAACAACACAGACAAUGACAAAGGCACACUGUACGACGGCAAAAACAUGGCCUUGUUCGAGGAGGAGAUGGACAGUAACCCCAUGGUGUCCUCGCUCCUCAGCAAGUUGGCCAACUACACCAACCUCACGCAGGGGGUCAGGGAGCACGAGGAGGCCGACGACGACGAGGGAGCCAAGAAGAAAGCGAUCAAGAGCCCCCAGAUGGGCACGUUCAUCGGCGUGUACCUGCCCUGCCUGCAGAACAUCCUAGGGGUCAUCCUCUUCCUGAGAAUGACCUGGAUCGUCGGCACCGCCGGCAUCCUUGAGUCCUUCAUCAUCGUGGCCAUGACCUGCUCCUGUACCAUGCUGACAGCGAUAUCAAUGAGUGCCAUUGCAACAAAUGGUGUUGUUCCAGCUGGAGGCGCAUACUACAUGAUCUCUCGGUCCCUGGGUCCGGAGUUUGGGGGUGCUGUAGGACUUUGCUUUUAUCUGGGCACCACAUUUGCAGGAGCUAUGUACAUUUUGGGUACCAUCGAAAUUCUCUUGACCUAUAUAGUGCCUAGUGCGGCCAUUUUCAAAGCGGAAGAGAAGGAGUUUGAGGCAGAGGCCAUGCUGAACAACAUGCGUGUUUACGGCACUGCAUGCCUGGCCCUCAUGUCCCUGGUGGUGUUUGUGGGCGUCAAGUACGUCAACAAGCUGGCCCUGGUCUUCCUGGCGUGCGUGGUGCUGUCCAUCCUCGCUAUCUAUGCUGGCGUCAUCAAGACCAUCUUUGAGCCCCCAGAUUUUCCGAUUUGUCUGCUUGGGAACCGUUCUCUCCAGAAACACGACUUCGACAAGUGCUUGAAGACGGAGAUGAUCGACAACAUCACUGUCACCACCAAGCUCUGGAGCCUUUUCUGCGAUGGACCCUGGCUCAACGCCUCGUGCAACGAGUACUUCAGAGAAAACGAGGUCACAGAAGUGCAGGGCAUUCCUGGUCUUAUGAGCGGGGUUAUAUUAGAGAACAUGUGGUCGUCGUAUGGCUCUGCUGGCGUGCUGGUGGAGAAGAUGAAUUUUCCAUCCAAGCCGGCCACAAACACGUCGCAGGACAUGUACUUGCCAUAUGUGUCCAACGACAUCGCCACCUUUUUCACCUUGCUCGUGGGAAUCUACUUCCCCUCAGUGACCGGUAUCAUGGCGGGAUCGAACAGAUCAGGUGACCUGAGGGACGCCCAGAAGUCUAUUCCCGUAGGAACCAUCCUCGCCAUAGGAACCACCACCUUCAUCUACCUGUCCUGUGUGGUUCUGUUUGGAGCCUGCAUUGAGGGAACCGUCCUGCGGGACAAGUUUGGAGAUUCAGUCAAAGGAAACCUGGUGAUUGGCACGCUGUCGUGGCCGUCGCCGUGGGUGAUUGUGAUUGGCUCGUUCUUCUCCUGCUGUGGGGCGGGGCUCCAGAGUCUCACCGGCGCCCCCAGGCUGUUGCAGGCCAUAGCACGGGACGGCAUCGUGCCCUUCCUGGAGGUGUUCGGACACGGGAAGGCCAAUGGGGAGCCCACCUGGGCCCUGCUGCUGACAACCUUAAUAUGUGAGACGGGCAUCCUCAUCGCCUCGCUGGACGCUGUCGCCCCCAUCCUCUCUAUGUUCUUCCUCAUGUGUUACCUGUUUGUGAAUCUGGCCUGUGCUCUGCAGACUCUGCUGCGGACACCCAACUGGAGGCCUCGCUUCAAGUUCUACCACUGGGCCUUGUCGUUCCUGGGCAUGAGUCUCUGUCUCGCCCUCAUGUUCAUCUCCUCCUGGUACUACGCCCUGAUUGCCAUGAUGAUCGCUGGGUGCAUCUACAAGUACAUUGAAUACCGAGGUGCGGAGAAGGAGUGGGGUGAUGGUAUUCGUGGAAUCUCACUCAACGCCGCUCGCUACGCCCUGAUGCGCCUGGAGGAAGCUCCGCCACACACUAAAAACUGGAGGCCGCAGCUGCUAGUGCUGCUGAACCUGGACUCGGAGCUGAGCGUGAAGCACCCGCGCCUGCUGUCCUUCACCACGCAGCUCAAGGCCGGCAAAGGCCUCACCAUCGUGGGCUCCGUGCUAGAGGGCACCUACCUCACCAAGGACGCCGAGUCCAAGAAGGGCGAGACGAACAUUAAGUCAUCCAUGUCGGCGGAGAAGACCAAAGGCUUCUGUCACGUGGUGGUGUCGUCCAACCUGCGCGACGGCUUCUCGCACCUGAUCCAGUCGGCGGGGCUCGGGGGGAUGAAGCACAACUGUGUCCUCAUGGCCUGGCCCGGCAUGUGGAAGCAGGCCAACGACGCCCAGUGCUGGAGGAACUUCAUCGAAACUGUGAGGGAAACCACGGCAGCUCAUCAGGCCUUGCUUGUGGCCAAGAAUGUGGACAGCUUCCCGACCAAUCAGGAGCGGCUUGGGGAGGGCACUAUCGACGUGUGGUGGAUCGUCCAUGACGGAGGCAUGCUGAUGCUCCUCCCCUUCCUGCUGCGGCAGCACAAGGUGUGGCGUAAGUGUAAGAUGCGCAUCUUUACCGUGGCUCAGAUGGAUGACAACAGCAUUCAGAUGAAGAAGGAUCUGCAGAUGUUCCUGUAUCACCUGCGACUGGAUGCUGAGGUGGAGGUGGUGGAGAUGCACGACAGUGACAUCUCCGCCUUCACCUAUGAGAAGACCCUGGUGAUGGAGCAGCGCUCUCAGAUGCUCAAGCAGAUGCAGCUCUCCAGGACAGAGCGGGAGAGAGAGGCCCAGCUCAUCCACGAUCGGAACACCGCCUCUCACGCGGCCAUAAACUCAGACCUCACACCUGACAGGGUCCACAUGACCUGGACCAAGGAGAAGUUUUUCACCGAGCGCAACCGGAACCGCGAACCCAACACCAACAUGGCGGUGCGGGAUCUCUUCAACAUGAGGCCAGAGUGGGAGAGUCUGAAUCAGUCCAAUGUACGGCGCAUGCACACAGCGGUCAAGCUGAAUGAGGUGGUGGUGAACAAGUCCCAGGGGGCCCACUUGGUCCUCCUCAAUAUGCCGGGACCACCCAAGAACCGAGGAGGAGAUGAGAAUUACAUGGAGUUCCUGGAGGUUUUGCUCGAGGGUCUCAAUCGGGUCCUCCUGGUGAGGGGCGGCGGCCGUGAGGUCAUCACCAUCUACUCUUAAACGCUGCGUUGCCGUGGGUACCUGCCACCGCCCCCCUUCUUCUCCUGCCUCGCCUCGACCGUUCCGGAAAAAUCCAUUUAAGGCGGGGGGGCCUGUUAGCAGUGGCAUUACAACUGGCAGUGUUGGUUUCGAGGGUGGGGUGCCCCUUUGGACAUCCUGCCACGGGGCGUGCCACCUUUCGGGGGAAAAGAUGGCGGGCAAGAUGAGAGUGACCACCCUUCAUCCGAGGGCCAGAGCUUAACACUACCAUUUUAAUGUUGCCACGUCAACGGACUGCCUGUCUUUGCCCACCCCCCUGUCUUGUUGUGAUUGGUUCGUCGGUUUGUCUGUCUCCUCAAUGUGUGUGUGUGUGCGCACAACACAUCUUCUUGUUCUAUGUGAUAGCAGAUGUACAUUAAGCAGAACCUGCCAGUGUGUGUGUAAAACGCGUAUGUAAUCUCAUAUUUCUCUUUUUGAUGCUUUUGGGUUUAUUUCUUUUUGGGGGGUGAGAGAGUCAGGAGGGAGGGAGGGUUCUCAAGGAAGAGACGCCCACUCUCAUACUGGUCGGCGGUUAAAUCUUCCUGACCAGCCAGAGAUAUUUACCCAGUCUAUGAAGACAUUUUUUAAGUUAUACUGUCCCUAUUUCUCAAAGGUUUUGAGUACGAAGAGUGAUCUUAAGAUUUCUUCAGACUCUCACUCAUCUUCAGAUCUGGCAGACAUUGUUUUUGUUUUUGUGUUUUGAAGGCAGUCUAAACCAUGUGACCCUUGUGAUGCCCAAUCAUAGGAGAAGCCGGUCUGACCUGCUGAAUCCAUAAAUCCAUAGAAACAAGUCUCGGAUGCUCAAAAGUCUCACAUUGUCACAAAGCUGUAUGUAAUAUGAAGGGAUUGUUUUAUUGUUCUUUUAAUUCUGGGUGGGAUGCAAUGAUAAUGUCAAGCUUUUUUUUGUGUGUGUGUGUGUGUGUGUUUUUGUUUGUCAAGGAUGGGAGAUUUCUUGUUUAAGGGAUAGGCCGAAUGCGCAAGUGUGUGAUCGGAAUGUGCAAUAGUUGUUCCUUUUGUGAAGUCACAAAAAUAUAUACAUAUACAUACAUACAGUACAUACAUACAUACAUACAUACAUACAUACAGUAUAUCUGUUAAACGAGAUGGAGGAAAGGCCCAUCGAUUCUGGGUCGGAUUCUGGCACAGUUGUGGCCCACGUCCAGGUCACCUCCGGCCAGACAUCCACUUCUGUUUGUGUUGGCGCAUCGGCUCUUGCUUGACAGGCACCUCAGUGUCAGCAACAGAGUCAAAUGAUGUAAGAGUAACUAACCCCUUGCAUCGGGAGCAUAGCCAUGGAGAACCACCCCUCCACACACACACACACACACACACACACACACACACACCCUCCCCUCAUGAAAUGAGUGUUUGUUUCAUUCACCUUUGUUUUACUGGCCCAAGGCUGGCACCAAAUGUAAUACACCGCUAUUCUGCUGCUGCUUCAGAAACAGUCAUGUACCAAAGCUUAGACGCAAAUCUCAGUGUUGCUGAUAUCAGGACAAGUGGUCCUUGGAAGGCUGGGUGGGUGGAUGGGUGAGUGAGUGAAUGAAUGGGGAGACAUGGAAGUGGAUGGAGACGACUACCUUCACAUAUCUGUACCAAAGCAGUCACUUCCACGCGAAGGUGGAGAUGGAUGUAGUUCUGAUAGAGACUUCCAGUACUUGUAAUUAUUUGUGUAUCAGUAGACUGAGGUUGGGGAUGAUGAUGCACUAUUUCUGUGUCUUUGCAGGCCAGGUCAAAAUGUUGUUUGUCGUCGUCGUUAUUGUCGUUGAUCUCGUAAGUAGACUUGCUGUGUUUAGUUCAAAAGGUUCCACACAACAGGGUUUCUCUUUUUUUUUUUCGAUGAUUUGUUUUGAUGAUUUUCUUUGAUUUCUGGAUUUAUUUUUCCUUUCUUUUUUUCUUUUGAGUAUCAAACGGCUUCACCACUCAGAUGUUGACUGGAAUCAGUUGGAAGCGUUUCACCAUCCUGAUCACAAUACUCAACAGCAAAUGCAAAUCUUCUCAUGUAUAGUGGAGUUACAUUGUCUCUGUACCGUGGGUUAGCCAGCCGAUCAUUUUUAGGACAUUUUUCUUCUUCUCUAGGUUACUGAAAAAAAAACAAUCGUUUCAGUUUUGUUGUAGCUCAUAUUUUUACCCAGCACUGUUAUGUUGUGAAAAUUGUAAAAUGUUACGUAUUUUUUAGCAAAAUAUUGGAUGUUCUGACAUUGUAUCAUAGGAGAAAAUGUGCCAAAAGUCUCAAGUGAGGAAGAAAGAACUGGAAGCAUUAGCUCAUUAUCUAUUUCCCAUUGGUUAACACAGGUAGUGGGACAACUCCUGUAGCACCAUCUGACAACUGUGCAAGCGACCAAUACAAAUAAAGCAUUUUUUAAAAGUAUGAAGGAUGGAAGUCUUUUGAACCCAACAUUAUACGUAAGAAGCACAACAUUAAAAAGAGAAUCGGUGCAUAUGAGUUAUACACUCAUAGUUUAUUCAUGGCCCCUUUUGUUAUCACUGAAGUUGUGAUACAGAGUUGAAAGGCUGACUGACCAACUAAUUUCAGAGUUGGUUACGCUGUCAGUUCUCCUGAGCUGUAGUUACUUUGUGUUCCUGCAGGGGGCAAAGUUGUGCAUUGCACAGCAGAACAUAACAGACUUGUACAUAAAAGGUGUGAACUCUCAGAAACACUCAAAUUUAAGCUGUAGAUUAUUCAGAAUAUUUCUCUGGUACCUUUCUGCUAGCUCUGAAGUUAAUCAUUACCAAAGCACUGUGUCAUUUAUGUUUUGUUUUGUUUGUUUUCUACAGUACUUUGUGGUGGUAUACCUUAGAGCUGAACAGCAAUGUAUUUUGUUAUUUCUCCAGCACUAUACUUAUGUACUUUGUAGUAUGUUUUAGUCUCUUCAAGUCAUAAAGUCAUAACAUAUUCUUGACUAUCAAUAUGUGUUCCGUAUCUAGAACAGACGGGCACAAGUGUUUUGUUUCUUCAAGGGGGUUGGGGAGAUGCAUUGACCCUCUCUCUCUCUCUCUCUCUCUCUCUCUCUCUCUCUCUCUCUCUUUCUCUCUCUCUCUCUCUCUCUCUCUCUCUUUCUUUCUUUUGCUCUCUCUCUCUGUUUCUCUCGGUCUCAUCUCAAACUAAUCCAGUGAAAGCACAACUGGCUAUUUUCAGUCCUGGUCUAAGACCUCUUCUAAUGGCAGGAUAAGGCUAGCUCUGAAGGCAUAAUUGGCUUAAAAUGACUGAGAAUAGCAUUCUCCAUUCUAACAUGGGUAUGUGUCCACUCACUGUAUGAAGUGUGACCAUGACAAUAGAUACAGAAAGCUAUGACCAUAAGAGCUUAUGCUUUAAUCACAGGGAGAUGAGAACGUCAUCAACGUAGACAUUCUCAGAAGCACCUAGCAGAGACGCAGGCAGAAAUAAUAGCACAUGAAAGAGAAUGUAAUCUACCUCAAGGAGGUCUAACUAGAGGUCAACACCUGUGCAAUCAUUCUCCCAGUUGUUUGUGUGUGUGUGUGAGUGCAUACGAAGUGUGUAUUGUCUUUCAUUUCCCCAAGAAUCUACUGUGCAGAAGUGUGUGUGUAUGCGCAUCAAAGGUGUGUGGAUGUGAAUGCAUCAUUGGCCUAUGCUUCAGUAAUAGGUCAGGUGCGAGUUUGUUUGUGUGUGUGUGUGUGUGUGUGUGUGUGUGUGUGUUUGAUUUUUUGAAUCUGUUAUGCGUUUUAGAUGGACAAACAUAAUAAAGACCUGUGAGAUGUAACAUGUGGGUGCAAACGUAGUGGAGCUUAGCCCUUUAAAUUAAAUGUGUGCCUCUUGAGUAAUUUAAAUAAAGUGCUGGACCAUAUCACAUCA